GUCCUAAAACAAACAACCCAACACAAACUCUUCUCCAAUCCAAAAGCCCCAAACCGCGUUUUCCUUUCUCUCUUGCUUGCUUAUUCUUCCUUUAUAUUCCAUUCUUCCUUUCCCUCAUCAAAACAUCUUCCUCUUUCCUCAAAAAUCCUAUUCUCUUUCCUUCCCGCCAUGAAAUUUUCUCAUUUCUAUUCUAACAACACUCGUAGCUUCCAUGGCCGCUUCUUCUCUCCUCUCUUUGCUACUCCCACUUCUUCUUUUCUUUGUGCCAACCCUUCACUCACUCUCUACUGUUUCCAUUUCUGAAACUUCUAACCAAAUUCUAAUCUGUGCACUGACGAUCACCGGCAACCAAUCUUCUCCUACGUCUCUUAAUUGUACUGUUCCUACCGGGAUUCGAGCUCCCUCUUUCGGUAACAAUUCUUCGUUUUCGGAAAUUUUUUCCGGAAACGGUUUCUUUUGCGGUUUGAUUAAGUCGCCUCAACGAUCGACCUUGGCUUGCUGGAGGUUCUCUACCAUUAAUGGUUCUGGUUUACAGUACAAGCGAAUCUACCAUGGUCUAGAUCUGAGAGAAACCGACGCGGGAGAUUCCCACGUUUGUGGAAUAGUCAACGCGACUAAUCGCCUUGAUUGCUGGCAAUGGCACAGAUUCAACUCUUCCGGGAGUCAACUAAACUUCUCCAAAAUCUCAGUUGGGGAGAAUUUCGUGUGCGGGAUAUUGGGAGAUACUUGGAACGUUUCUUGCUUAGGGAGCAACAAUGACGUCGUGAGGAGUGUGCCCAAAGGAAGAUACAAAGAAAUAGCUGCUGGGUUUUCUCACGCUUGCGCAAUCUCCAUGAACGGAAGCUUGGAAUGUUGGGGAGAUAUAAGAGAGAAUCAACCCCAAGAAAAGUUCCAGUCCCUCGCUUUGGGAGAAAACCGAAGCUGUGGUUUGAGAACGAACGGAACGGUGAUUUGCUGGGGCCAAAACAACUUCGCCUUGCCCCAGUCUCUACGGGAGAGUGACUUCAUCGCUAUCGAAGCGAAGCGCAGCGUUUUUUGCGGAGUUCUCACCAUGAACUUCUCUUUGCAUUGUUGGGGUAACCAAGUGCUUGACUCGAAAACGUUUGUGUUUGACAAAGUCUUGCCUGGGCCAUGUAGAAGUAAUUGUCUCCAUUCAGUAGCAGGUUCUGGGAAUUAUUGUCAACAAGGAUUAAGCGUUUGUAAACCAGAGACACCCGACUCUAUGCCUUCUCCACCGGAGCCUCCACCGGAGCCUCCCCGGAAGUCGGUGAGGUCGGAUUGGAGCAAGAAAAUGGUGGCUUUUCUUGUGGUGGGCUGUGUUGGAACAUCGGCAUUACUAUUAGUUUGUUUUUUCUUUAUUUGGUUGAGGUUUUCUAAGGUUAGUGGGAGUCGAGUUCAUGACUCAGGCCGGUUGGACGAUGCAACUGAAGCAGAAGCAGAAGCCGGUUCCAGCAGACAUCAACAGAGUGGUCCGCGCAAUAAUGAUCAUCAUAACCACUCUGGUCCGGUGCUUGAAAAGCGGCUGAGCCAUUUGAUAAGUCUAGGAAAUAAUGGGACUCACUUGGAAGAAUUCUCCUUAGAAGUCCUCCUUGAAGUCACUGACAAUUUCUCUGAAGAGCGAAAAAUUGGAACCGGUAGCUAUGGUUCGGUGUACUACGGGAAGCUAGAGGAUGGCCGGGAAGUAGCCAUCAAAAGGGCUGAGGCAUCGGCAUCUUCGUCGUUUGUGGGUGCCACUGCCACCAAACGACAAGAGGACAGAGAUCACGCUUUCGUCAGAGAACUAGAAUUCCUUUCCCGGUUAAACCACAAGAAUUUGGUUCGCUUGCUGGGUUUUUACGAGGACAACAAGGAGAGAGUUCUGGUGUAUGAGUACAUGACCAAUGGCUCACUCCACGACCAUCUCCACAGGCCACCUGAAAACUCGCCACUUGUCAGCUGGUCCGAGCGCAUCAGGGUGGCGCUGGACGCCGCCAGGGGGAUCCAGUACCUCCACGACUACGCAGUCCCUUCAAUCAUACACCGUGAUAUAAAGUCAUCCAACAUAUUAUUGGAUGCCACGUGGACUGCCAAGGUGUCCGACUUUGGUCUCUCCUUGAUGGGCCCCGAAGAUGACGUGUCACACCUCUCGCUUCGUGCUGCGGGCACAGUAGGGUACAUUGAUCCCGAGUACUUUCGGCUCCAAAUUUUAACAACUAAGAGUGACGUUUAUAGUUUUGGGAUAUUGUUACUUGAAUUACUUUCGGGGUUAAACGCCAUUCAUAAAAAUGAAAAUGGUGUACCAAGAAAUGUGGUAGAUUUUAUGGUACCAUUUAUUAUACAAGAUGAGAUACACAGAGUUUUGGAUCCAAACGUGCCACCACCGACCCCAUUCGAGAUAGAGGCAGUGGUAUAUGUGGGGUACUUGGCUGUGGAUUGUGUCACAUUGGAGGGUCGACUCAGACCAUCCAUGACCGAAAUUGUAAGUAGCUUAGAAAGAGCCUUAGCUGCGUGUUUGGCGCGGCCUCAGCUCUCUCGGUCUUCAACCGAGUCUUCGACGUAGAUAUUACAUCACCACACUCUGACUUGGUCAAUAUUGUAAAGCAAAACUGAUUCCUUUUUUUUAAUCAUUAUAUUUUUACACGUAAAAAAUUCAAAAAAGAAAAUUGGUCUUA